AUGAUCCAAGCUCUCAAUCGAUUGCCAUACUUCAUAAAUUAUUUCUUUGACACUUAUUUGUUGAUCAAUGAAGACACUCCCGUGGGUUCAUCAGUAACACAGCUGCUUGCCCGUGACCUAGACAAUGACCCCCUUGUAUUUGGAGUAGUAGGGGAGGAAGCGAGCAGAUUCUUUGCAGUGGAAAGCAUGACUGGUGUCAUUUGGCUCAGACAACCAUUAGACAGAGAGACGAAGUCAGAAUUCACAGUUGAAUUUUCUGUCAGUGACAGCCAAGGGGUGAUAAAGGGGUCUGUGAAUAUUCAAGUUGGAGAUGUCAAUGACAACACACCAAGAUUUCACAAUCAACCAUACAGUGUCCGCAUCCCUGAGAACACACCAGUGGGAACUCCAAUUUUCAUUGUGAAUGCCACGGAUCCAGACCAAGGAGCAGGAGGGAGCGUGCUUUACUCUUUUCAGCCACCGUCCAACUUCUUUACCAUUGACAGUGGCCGUGGCAUUGUAUCCGUUAUUCGUCCACUGAAUUACGAAGUCACCCAGGCUUAUCAGCUGCAAGUGAAUGCCACAGAUCAGGAUAAAACCAAGCCCCUCUCUGCUCUGGCCAAUCUUGCAAUCACCAUUACAGAUGUACAAGAUAUGGAUCCAAUUUUUAUCAAUCUCCCCUACAGUACGAACAUCUAUGAGAACUCUCCUCCGGGUACCACUGUGCGUAUGAUAACUGCAAUUGACCAAGACAAAGGGCGCCCAAGAGGUAUCGGUUAUACAAUUGUGUCAGGCAACACCAACAGUAUCUUUGCCCUGGACUACAUCAGUGGUGCUUUAACUCUGAAUGGACCACUGGACCGAGAAAAUCCUUUUUACAGUGCUGGAUUUAUUCUUACAGUGAAGGGAACUGAACUCAAUGAUGAUCGGACGCCUUCCAAUGCCACAGUGAUGACUACCUUCAACAUCCUUGUUAUUGACAUAAAUGACAAUGCUCCUCAAUUCAAUAGUUCAGAGUACAGCGUGGCUAUUCCUGAAUUGGCCCAAGUGGGCUUCGCUCUUCCUCUUUUCAUCCAAGUGCAGGAUAAAGAUGAGAAUAUUGGACUCAACAGUGUUUUUGAAGUUUACCUGGUGGGAAACAACUCCAACCAUUUUAUCAUUUCUCCGACUUCAAUCCAAGGCAAAGCAGACAUUCGGAUUAGAGUGGCGGUCCCCCUGGAUUUUGAGACAAUCCCUCGCUAUGUGUUUUCUCUAUUUGCAAAUGAGAGCCUACCUGACCACGUUGGUUUUGCACGGGUGAAGAUUAACCUCAUCAAUGAGAAUGACAACAGACCGGUUUUCAGCCAGAUCCUCUAUAAUGUCAGCCUGUUUGAGAAUGCCACAGUGGGAACUACAAUUCUGAGAGUUUUGGCCACAGACAAUGAUGUGGGCUCUUAUGGAAAAGUGAGCUAUUACUUCAGUGAUGAUCCAGACAGGUUCUCCUUAGACAAGGAUUCAGGCAUCGUCACACUGGUUGCCCGCCUGGACUUCGAGACAACCCAGCGUUACACACUCACUGUCAUCGCCAGAGAUGGGGGUGGAGAAGAGACAACUGGGAGAGUCCGGAUUAAUGUCCUGGAUGUCAAUGACAACAUACCCACCUUCCAGAAAGAUUCCUAUUUAGGGGCUCUGAGGGAGAAUGAGCCAUCAGUCACUCAAGUAGUCCGCGUGAGGGCUUCGGAUGAAGAUUCCUCUCCAAACAAUCAGAUUGCUUAUAGCAUUGUGUAUGCUUCUGCAUUCAAAAGUUACUUUGACAUUACCUUGUCUGAAGGUUAUGGAGUGAUAAGUGUCAUCCGCCCUCUGGAUUAUGAGCAAGUUGCCAAUGGUGUUAUUUACUUGAUUGUAAUGGCCAAGGAUGCAGGCAUCCCGGCCCUCAAUAGCACCGUCCCCAUCACCAUCGAAGUGUUUGAUGAAAAUGACAAUCCACCCACAUUUAGCAAACCUUCCUAUGUUGUCACAGUCAUGGAGGAUAUCAUGGCAGGAGCAACAGUGCUAUUUCUAAAUGCUACUGACUUUGACCGAUCAAGAGAAUAUGGCCAAGAAUCUAUUAUAUACUCUUUGGAAGGAUCAUCACAUUUUCGCAUUAAUGCUCGUUCAGGGGAAAUUACCACCACAUCUCUACUGGACCGGGAAGCUAAAUCAGAAUAUAUACUCAUCGUGCGAGCUGUGGAUGGUGGUGUUGGUCACAAUCAGAAAACUGGCAUUGCAACUGUAAACAUCACUUUGCUGGACAUCAAUGAUAAUUAUCCUGUAUGGAAAGAUGAGCCGUACUUCAUCAACCUAGUGGAAAUGACCCCUCCCAACUCCGAUGUCACAACAGUGGUAGCUUUUGAUCCAGAUCUCGCAGAAAAUGGUUCCCUUGUGUACAGCAUCAGACCACCAAAUAAGUUUUACAGUCUUAAUAGCACCACAGGGAAGAUUCGGACAACAGGGGUCGUGUUGGACAGAGAAAAUCCAAACCCCCAAGAAGCUGAGCUCAUGAGGAAGAUUGUGGUCUCUGUCACUGAUCGUGGGAGACCACCAUUACGGGCCACAAGCAGCGCCACUGUGUUUGUAAACUUGCUGGACCUCAAUGACAAUGAUCCCACCUUCCAGAACUUGCCUUUUAUCACUGAGAUUCCUGAGGGUCUUCCAGCAGGGUCAUCUGUCUUUCAGGUGGUGGCCAUAGACCUUGACAAGGACUGGAAUGGCCAAGUCACAUACCGCAUGCAGGUGGGCAUGCCCAGGAUGGAUUUUGUCAUCAACAGCAAGACCGGUCUUAUCAACUCCACCGCUAUUCUAGACAGGGAGAGAAUUGCUGAAUACUACCUGAGGGUAGUAGCAAGCGAUGCAGGGGAACCAUCCAAAAGCUCUACUAGCACCCUCACGGUCAGAGUUUUAGAUGUGAAUGAUGAAAACCCAACCUUCUUCCCAGCUGUCUAUAAUGUGUCACUUCUGGAAAAUGUACCACGUGACUUCAAAGUAGUCCGCCUGAAUUGUACUGACACCGAUAUGGGCCUUAAUGCUGAACUUAGUUAUUUCAUCACAGGUGGGAACCAGGAUGGAAAAUUCAGUGUUGGCUUUAGAGAUGGUAUAGUUAGAACUGUUGUCAACCUGGAUAGAGAAACCAUGCCGUUCUACAGCCUUAUCCUAGAAGCCAUUGAUAAUGGUCCAACGGGAAAAAGAAGGACUGGCACUGCAACCGUUCAUAUCACAGUGCUGGAUGUUAAUGACAACCGACCCAUCUUUCUUCAGAGCAGUUAUGAAGCUACUGUGCCAGAAGACAUUCCCGAUUACAGCAGCAUAGUACAGGUGAAAGCCAUGGAUGCAGAUGAAGGUGUGAAUGGCCGCGUGUGGUACAGAAUUGUCAGAGGGAAUAAUUUCAACAAUUUCAGGAUCAAUCCCAGCAAUGGGCUGGUCAUGCGGGGUACACGACCCCUGGAUAGAGAACAAAAUUCAUCCCAUGUUCUUGAGGUGGAGGCUUACAAUAGUGAGCAAGGACCAAUGAGAAGUUCUGUCAGGGUAAUAGUCUAUGUGGAAGACGUCAAUGAUGAACUACCACUAUUUACCCAAAGACAAUAUAAUCGGCUGGGUUUGCGAGAGACAGCUGGAAUUGGGACAUCGGUUGCUGUAGUCCGGGCCACAGAUCGUGAUACAGGAAAUGGCGGUCUAGUGAAUUACAAAAUCAUCUCAGGAUCUGAGGGCAAGUUUGAAAUUGACGAGAGCACCGGCCUCAUUACCACCAUUGACUACCUGGACUAUGAGACGAAAACGAGCUACCUAAUGAAUGUUUCUGCCACCGAUCAAGCCCCGCCCCAAAACCAAGGAUUCUGCAGCAUUUAUGUCAGUCUCCUUAACGAAUUAGAUGAGGCUGUGCAGUUCUCAAACAUCACGUACGAAGCAGUCAUCACAGAGAAUAUCCCCUUGGGUUCUGAAGUGCUACGAGUCCAGGCCCGGUCCAUUGACAACCUUAACCAGAUCACGUACAAGUUUGACCCAAAUACUAAUCCUCAAGCUUUGUCUUUAUUCAAAAUAAAUGGAAUCACUGGUGUGAUUACAGUCAGAGGACAAGUGGAUCGAGAGAAAGGAGACGUUUACACCUUAACUGUAGUGGCGGAUGAUGGAAGCCCUAAACUUGACUCGACUGUGGUUACCAUAACCAUAUUGGAUGAGAAUGACAACAGCCCACAGUUCGACAUUACUUCGGACUCUUCUGUGAGUAUCUCGGAGGACAGCCCUGUCGGACGUCGAAUUGCUCUGGUUUUGGCCAGAGAUCCCGAUGCAGGAAACAAUGGACAGGUUGUUUUUUCUCUAGUAUUGGGAAAUAUAGGCAGGGCUUUUGAAAUUCGUACGACCAACAGCACCUAUGGAGAAGUAUUUGUGGCAAGGCCUUUGGACCGGGAACUAAUAGAACGCUACACCUUACAGAUUCAAGCAGCAGACCGAGGUGUCCCAGCUCGCAGGAAAGAGCACACUUUAAGGGUCAAUAUCCUGGAUGUGAAUGAUAAUUCUCCAGUCAUUAUCAACCAACAUGGAUACAAUGUUAGCAUUAACGAGAACGUGGGUGGAGGGACGGCUGUGGCUCAGGUACGAGCCACCGACAGAGACAGUGGCCUCAACAGUGCCCUCUCCUACUACAUCGUCCAUGGCAAUGAAGAGCUGACCUUCCGCAUGGAUAGAGUGACUGGAGAAAUCGCCACCCGCCCGUCCCCUCCAGACCGUGAGCGACAACAGUUCUAUCGGCUGGUGGUCACUGUGGAGGAUGAAGGCAACCCAGCCCUCUCGUUGCAGAUAUGUAAUCUACCCAUAUCUGGUUUUCAUCUUUACUCCCAACAUAUAUUUGUCCUGAAUGGCAACACAAAGGAGAAGAAACAAACAGGAACAAUUUUGGUUUGUAAAAUGGCUGACACCGAAACCAUGAAAGCUGAUUAA